AUUUCCUAUUCACAAGGCUACAUAAUUGCACUUGCUUGACAGAUUUGUUCGCGGAACGUUUUAAAGGUGCCACUUGCCUCAUAGUUGAGUGAAUGAUCACAAGUUACUUUUACCACGGUAUUACAAUGUCUGGACUAACGGUAUAUCUUCUCACGGCACUGUUCCUAGGGAUGCUGCACACGUGUACCGGACAAGGAGCCAUCUCAUUCAUAGGUACGCCAUAUUUUGCCCGAGUGUACCCAGGAGCGCCUGCGGGAACCCACGUGAUCACCGUAACAGCAGUGCCAUCUAGCGGCAUCACAACUGGGCAACCGAUACGCUACUAUAUUUCGAAUAACGCUAACAAAUAUUUCUCUAUAGACCAUACCAGUGGAAAAAUCGAGGUGAAGAAAUCAUACUCUACUUCAAAGGGACAGCAGUUCAUUUUCGAUGUAAUUGCCAGACAAGGAUCAAAGAUAGGACAGACAAGAGUUUCUGUAGAGAUAUCAGAAGAGAAUAAAUACCCCCCAGUUUUUUCUCGUCCGUCUUACAACACUGUCGUAUGGCGACGAAGUAGCGUCGGAACAACGAUUCUAAUCGUCAGUACGUCGGACAAUGAUACGGCGCCGUACAACCGACUCGUAAGGUAUAGCGUCAAUGCGACAAGCAGUGACUCUUCAUAUUUUUCGAUCGACCCCAGAAGCGGAAAGGUUAAUCUCAGACAGCAGCUGCCGCAGGCACAAAGUGUGACACAAAUAGAGGCCUCUAUAGUCGCUACAGACCCAGGUGUGCCUGAAAUGACAGCUUCUGUAACGCUGUCAGUGAAUAUUUCUUUAAUAUCAGAACCAACACAACUGGAAACAAAAUUUUCAAAUGAGACAACAGUAUUGUUGUGUUGGCGCGAGCCAGCGCAUGGUUCACAAAUCAAAGGCUAUCUGGUGGAAUAUUGGCCAAUUGACAGCUACGAUGCCAGGAGGUCUGAGACUGUAAGGGCGGACAAAUUUUCCUCUCUCUACUGCACGACGGUGGGAAAUCUGACAUCUUGGGACGUGUACCAUUUUCAAGUAUCAGCAUAUAACGAUGAUGGCUACGGUGUUCCAAGUGUGAUUCCAAAUGUUCCGACUGUUCCACGAGGUGUGUGUGGCCUCAAGCCCUGUCGUAACGAGGGUACCUGCGUCCCUAUCAGACAGCGUCCGGGAUUCAAAUGCCAAUGCAAAGAAGGUUAUUAUGGGAGGAUUUGCGAAAGGAAAACAGCAUGUGCCUCACAGCCUUGUCUAAAUAACGGCCAAUGUGUCCCUUUGAACUUGCGAGGGCCGACUUUGGGCGCUUCUAUUACGGCAGCUUUUAUCCUUUCAUACAGAUGCCGAUGUCCGCCCGGGACGUCCGGCAAAAACUGUGAACACGUAGAUGCAUGUUUUUCUAAUCCCUGCCAAAACCUUGGCUCUUGUAUAAAUCUGAAAAGCAACAACUCCUAUGCAUGUCGUUGCUUACCUAUGAACUAUGGUACAAACUGUGAGUUGUCAAAUCACUGUCAUUCCUCGCCUUGUAAAAAUUCCGGAACUUGUCGGAAUUUAUCGAAUUCGCCAAAACCCGAUGGCUAUUCUUGCGAUUGCUUGCCAGGCUACUCUGGUUCUGAGUGUGAACUCUUUGAUCCUUGUUUUAGUUCCCCUUGCUUGCACAAAGGUAGCUGCACUCCUCUAGGCGACAGAUUUUCAUGCACUUGUCCUCCUGGGUACUACAACGACACGUGUGAACUUAUAAACGCUUGCGAAUUGCACACUCCGUGCAAGAACAAUGCCACGUGUGUGCACACAGACACGGUGGGUGACUACAUGUGCACUUGCGCGCCGGGCUGGACGGGGUUUAACUGCACGGACUACAACGCGUGCCUACUUUCUCCGUGCGCAAACAAUGCCACAUGCGUUCAAACUGAUGGCGGGGCCUCCUUUCAGUGCAAUUGCCUCACUGGUUACUAUGGCGACACGUGCCAAUCGUUCAACCCCUGCGUGUCGUCCCCUUGCUUCGGGAACGCCACGUGUCUGAAUACGACAUCCGACACUUUCCAGUGUCAGUGCCCCGAUGGGUACUAUGGGAAAAUAUGCGACCAAACUUAUAACAAGUGUGUUGGGAACACUUGUGAGAAUAUGAAUUGUACAAUUGACAGUGGCAGGACCGAAGUCUGUUCCUGCACAGAGAACUACUUCGGUAACAACUGCCAGUACUUCGACUACUGCUCAAAGAAUCCUUGCGAAAAUAACGGCACUUGCCAAACCGAAAAUGCGACAUACAAAUGCACGUGUAUUGAUGGUUACUAUGGUAACCAUUGCCAAUUCCGCAACCCCUGUGUGAUCAGAGGCUGUCUUAAUGGCGGAAAAUGCGAGAACGUGUCCCUAACUGAUUUUAUCUGCCACUGCCGAGACGGUUACAGCGGUGAGAACUGUGAGACUUAUGACCCAUGUGCUUCGUCACCCUGCCAAAAUGGCGCCCUUUGCAACAGGAGCAGCGACACCAACUUCACGUGCAUCUGUGGGACGGGAUUCUACGGCGAACUGUGCGACCUUUUCGAUCCAUGUUCUUCGAAUCCUUGCUCGGUCAUGUCGACGUGUAAUGCUACGUCGAACGAGAACUUUACCUGCGAGUGCUCUCACGGGUACUACGGGGAACGCUGCGACUUCUUCGACAUUUGCAGCAUCGAUGGACUCUGCGAGAACGGGGGUACCUGUCGGAAUGCGUCCAUUAACAAUACCUACACCUGUGACUGCCCUGCGGGAUUUUGGGGUGAAGCUUGUGAAAUGAUAGACCCGUGCUUCACCGCCGACUGCAAAAACAACGCCACCUGUCGGGCGAUCAAUGAAACCAAUUUUGAAUGCGCAUGCGCUGCUGGAUAUACUGGUGAGAGAUGUGAAACUUUCGAUAUAUGUAGCAACGCCUUAUCAGUCGUGUGUUUUAACGGUGGUGUGUGCACUGCUAGAGCUAAUAGUACUUUUGAAUGCAAGUGCGGUGCUGGUUUUUCAGGCAACCGGUGUCAGAAUUAUAAUUUUUGUAGCUCGAGUGUGUGCCAAAAUGGUGGAAGUUGUGUGCUUUAUAACGUAACUGCGACCCUUCCACUUAAUGCAAGUCUUCAAUCAGUGAUUGAUUAUGAUGAUGAAGAAGCAUUUAUAGUUAAUUCAUAUAAAUGCGCUUGUAUUGAUCCAUAUACCGGUCCCAAUUGUGAGACAAACCUUGGUCAUUGCUUCUCCCAUCCCUGCAAAUAUAAUUCAACUUGUAUGAACUUGCCUGGUGGUUAUAAAUGUUUUUGCUUGCCUGGGUAUUCUGGGAUCAAUUGUGAAGACGAAUUGAACAAAUGUUUCUCAAGUCCAUGUAAAAAUGGCGCCACUUGCGUUGAUCUCGUAGACUCCUACUCCUGCAUCUGCCCGUCGCACCUAACUGGAACUCACUGUGAACAUAUGAUAAUCUCAGCAAAUUUGACGGAAAUCGAACCCAAUGAUAAUGCUACCAUUAUAAACCCUUGUGAUUCUAACCCCUGUCUGAAUAACGGCGCAUGUGUACCCGGAAACCAAAAUCACACAUACACCUGCACAUGCCCGCUUCAUUUCACUGGAAGAGCAUGCGAAGAGAUGGCGAAACCCAAUAACGCUAGUACUAACGUCACAGAAUGCGAGCCUUGCAAGAACAAUGCUUCAUGUUUAAUGACAGCAGACGGAGGCAUAAAUUGCGUAUGUUCUGCUAAUUUUACAGGCGAGAACUGCGAGACGAAGAUACCCGAAGUUGUCGAUCCGUGCGACGAUUUGCCAUGUUUGAAUAAUGGUACAUGUACGGCAAAAGACACUGAACUGUAUACUUGCGAGUGUCUAGAACUUUAUACAGGGGAAAACUGUGAGCUCAAAUUUGUUGAAGACGAAUUUACAAACCAAACCCAGAACGUUUCAUCAACAUUGUGUGCCUCAAAUCCCUGUAAGAACUCUGGAUCGUGCCAAGAGGGGGAUUCCAGUUACGUUUGUGUUUGCAUGCCCCCUUUUAUAGGAACGGACUGUGAAAACACGACUUUUACCGCCAAUGGUACUGCUAACACGCGUAACGCCACCAAAACCUGUGACUCAAACCCUUGUAAAAACAAUGCCACGUGUGUGCAAGAAAACGGUAGCUUCACAUGCGAGUGCAGUAAAAACUAUGUCGGUGUGCUGUGUGAGACAUUUGUAGUGGGCGACGACACAAAUAGAACCCAAACUAACGUGAGUGGCCUGUGUGAUACAAAUCCCUGUAUGAACAAUGGCUCGUGUCUGGAGAGAGAGGGUGAAAUCAUUUGUGUCUGCACCUCUGGAUUCCGUGGUAAAACGUGCGACACUCCUCUUUCAAAUAACAACGCCACUGAUCCCAAUAGUGCCUUGCAAUGUGAAACGAACCCCUGUUGGAAUGGAGGCACCUGUUUCCAGCUAAACCAGAAUUUUAGAUGCGAUUGUGCGGAUGGAUUUGCAGGGAAAUUUUGCGACAUACGUAUGCCAACUCAAAACGAAACUAAGUCCAGCUGUUAUCCAAGCCCAUGUCAUAAUAACGGAACGUGUGUGGAAACCGGAAUCACUUUCCGUUGCCACUGCCCAAGAGGAUUUGCAGGUCGUCAUUGUGAACUCGCAAAUGCUAACGGUUCUGCGGCCUGUGACUCACUGCCUUGUAUGAACAAUGGAACGUGUACAACAACCGACAGUGGUUUUCAAUGCCUUUGCCAAGAAGGCUUCACGGGAGAACGUUGUGAAGGUGAGAAUGUGACUACUCCAUGUUAUUCCGGAUAUUGUCUAAAUGGCGGAACCUGUUCGAAUAACGGAACGGACGCACAAUGCGAGUGUUUUUCAAAUUAUACAGGGCCUCGUUGCGAGUUAUCAAGAGUCAACGCAUGCGCGUCAAACCCUUGCCAUCGGGCGGCCACCUGCUUAGAGGAUGGGGCAAUGGGAUACACGUGUAUUUGCGCACCUGGUAAGACAGGGAGGAAUUGUCAUCGUAACAUUGACUCCUGUUCUUCUAGCCCCUGCAAACAUGCUGGCACGUGUGUAAUAGACCCUUCUAACGAGACGUUCAGUUGCAUUUGCCAACGGGGUUAUAGUGGUGCAUUGUGCGAAGACAGAUUAAAUGAUACACAUGACGCAUGCGCCGAACACACGUGCUUUAAUAAUGGAACUUGUACAGUAUUGCCUAAUGGUCCGGUGUGUCAUUGCCUACCAGAUUUCACCGGAGAAGAUUGCCAAAUGCUCACCAACCCAUGUGCAUCCAGCCCGUGUGUUGGAAAUUCUGUUUGUGAAAUAGUAGAAGACAGCUACCGAUGCUUAUGUACAGAUGACUCCACGGACCCCCUUUGUCGUGAAAAUGAGAACCCUUGCUCAUCCAGCCCUUGUCUCCAUGGGGCCACGUGCAGCGUCCAUAACAACAACACGUUCAAAUGCAUCUGCGCAGAGGGUUUCCAAGGACUCCAUUGCGAUACUGAAACCGAUCCUUGCUCACCAUCCCCUUGUGUGAAUAAUGCUAGUUGUGUUAGAGUAGACAAUAUGACCACUGCUUUUAAUUGUCAGUGCCAGCCAGGCUAUGGUGGCGACCUCUGCCAAGAUGAGCUAGAUGAGUGCCUUUCCAACCCGUGUGUCAAUAAUGCUACAUGUGUUGACGAGGUUGGCGGGUAUGGGUGUCAGUGUCCCCCGGGGUAUACAGGUGAAAAGUGUGAAAGCAUCGUUGAUUUAUGUGCCUCCAACCCGUGCAGCGAAACGAGCCGGCGAUGCACCCCGUCUCUCAAUAACUACACGUGCGACUGCAUGGCAGGUUUUGCUGGACCAGACUGCGCGGUUAACAUUGACGAGUGUGCCUCCUCCCCCUGCCACCCCGACCACUCCACGUAUUGUAAGGACGGGGUGAAUGCGUACCUUUGUGAAUGCAAGGCUGGAUUCACCGGUGCAAAUUGUGAAAUAGAUCUUGACGAGUGUCGUUCGGAUCCCUGUCAAAAUGGCGGCAGUUGCGAUGACGGUCCUAGCGGUUACACCUGUAGCUGUCAACCUGGAUACAGCGGGGUACAUUGUCAGAUUGCCGCAACAUGCCAGAAUGAGACUUUGAUCAACUCAAAGGGCAAAUUCGUAUGGCCGAAAUCACGUCACUCUCAGGGUGUGGUCAGCAUCGAAUGUCCUUACGGGUCUCCUGGAAACGGACAAGCAACACGCCGCUGCUCAGUUGAUUCCUCAGGCAUGGCGCGCUGGGAAACCCCACAGCUUGAACAGUGCAAUGAGCUUGGACCUUCGGGAGCUAGAGAAGUAGCCACCAAGACAGUGAACGCCACGUCCGUUCCGGAGAACCUAGCUCCAGAGAAAGUCUCCAGUGUGGCAGACGAGAUGCAGAUUGUGGUGGAUUAUGCCACUGUAGACAUGGAAAUUGCUAAGAACAUGUUAACCACCAUCAGUAACGUUAUGGACGCAGACGAGGAGGUUUUGCACGAGAGCAACGACCAAUCGCACGCUGCAGAAAGAUUGCUCCAAGUUCUCGAGCACUUUACAGAGAGCGUCAACCUUACCUCUGUAAGUAAAAUACAGCUUGAGUCCAGCAACAUUGCCGUAGAGGCCAUGGAAGUCCCUCUUCCAAACAGACGGGGUCCAGAGAAUUCUGAAGAAAAAAAUACAACACAUGGUGGAGUCAAAACACAAUGGAAAAACACCAGAAUGUUCCUUCCCACUGAGGUUUUUGAACAGUCCGCGUCCGAGGCUGAAAAUGUCAACGCAACAACUACGAGGGUUUCGUUCGUCUACUACGCUAACAGCAAGUUCUUCAUGGAACAUAACCAUUCAGAGGAGAAGUACGGGUCCCUAGAGAACAGAGGGGUGGUGGCGGCCACUGUGAAGAAUACACGCAUUCUGAAUCUCACGGAGCCAGUGGUUUUCACUCUUCCGAAUGUGGAGGUCGGUGCCCCUCACAUAUGUGCCUUUUGGAAUGCCACAGCGAGAGUGUGGUCCACUGACGGCCUGGAGGUCAACUCGACGGACGAGAAUUCCACCACGUGCUUUUCUCGCCAUCUGACCAACUUUGCUAUCCUGCUGGAUCCUACCCCCAGUGAAGCCAUUCCAUUGCAGCAUCAGAUAUCCCUGGCCCUCAUUUCAUAUAUUGGAUGUGGGCUUUCUCUCUGCGGCCUGGUGCUAACUAUUCUGACUUACGGACUGUUCAGGUGUCUCCAUGGCGACAACUCGGGCAAAAUCCUGAUCAAUUUAUGCGCCUCCAUGCUGCUGAUGAAUAUAACUUUCGUGGCGGGCACUGCUAGAUCAGUGUCAGAUGCCGAGGUCGUCUGCACAGUUGUUGCAGUGCUACUGCACUAUUUCACCCUGACGACCCUGAUGUGGAUGUUAGUGGAAGCAGUGCACAUGUACCGGCUUCUGGUGAAGAUAUUUAGGACUUACGAGCCUCGAUUUAUGCUAAAGAGACUCCUGAUCGCGUGGGGAAUCCCCCUGAUAAUUGUCGGAGUAACAGUCGGGAUUAACGUGGACAACUAUGGCGGAAGGGAUGAUCUGUGUCGACUAACCAGCGCCAACCCUUACGUCUACUAUAUAAGCUUUUUGGGACCCUCGUGUUUGAUACUUAUCUUCAACUCCGUCGUGUUUGUAUUGGUGUCAAGGGUCAUUCUGCGACCUCGGGUCAAAGGUCUUCAAGGAAAAAGGAGUCAAGAGCAGCCGAAGGUGUCCGCUGCGCAGGUCCGCGGCGCAAUUUCCGUUAUGGUGCUGCUGGGCAUCACCUGGGUGUUCGGUGCAUUCGCUGCAGGGGAAGCAAAAGUCGUCUUCGCUUACAUCUUCUGCGUUGCGAACUCUCUCCAGGGAUUCUUAAUAUUUCUGUUCAGAUGCUUGCUACACCCUGAGGCUCGAAGCGCCUGGGUCCAGCUGGUGACCACGGGAACUUUCAAAAAGACGCGAUCUCGAGCUUCCUCGCGAGCAAGUUCGGGAGAGCAUACUAACUCCCACAAUAGUAAUCAUGACAACAGGAGGACCUUUAAAGAAACUUUUACAACAAAUAAAAUUGUAAAAAACACCAACGUGUGGCACAAGGCCAGAAGGUUUUCCAGCGAUUCGGACGAAAAAAAUCUAAAACCUCUGAAAUACCACGACAUUAAUCUAUCAUAUACAUUUGAGGAUAAAUUCGACAAUCCUUUGUUUAAAGCAUUAAACAAUAGUCCGUCUAUGGCUGGUCCAGAUGACACGAAACUUUGAAUUCCUGUGUUUUUCGACAGAAUUUCUACCCAAAGACAAUUAUUAGUUUAUAUACCUGGGCAUCAGUAUACCAGGUACCGUUUGACAGUUGGAAGCAGUUUUAUGUCAGAGGCGAAAGUCACAUAAGAAAUAUAAGGACAUAACACAGGCGGUUAGGUUUUUAGGAAUUUAUAGUUAUCUGAAUAAACGUGUUAGUUCACACCAACAUGUAAGAUAUGUAUUCUGAAUCUCAAGUGAAGCAAUAUCAUAGCAACUUUGUAUAUACAUGUACUUCUCGUAAAUGCCAAAAUGUUAAGUAACUACUAUUAAUUACUAUUUAUUAUUGUUGGUGCCAUCAUUACUUUUUAAUGCGAAGUGAUCAAUACAUAUGUAUAUGUUGAUUAAACUGUCGUCUUAGUGCUAGUUACGAUGUAUCAUUACAUAGGAAAAAAAGACGUUCAAGAAAUCCAGUUGAGCAUUUUUCUAAUCCAAAUACACUACUCAGUAUAUUUGUACAUACACUGUAUAUGAUAUGUUGGGUAUCUAAAUUGACUUAAUUAACGUACUGGGCACGUGUGCUACGUAAUAAGGUGCAUUUAAAUGGUUUUUAGAACAAGACACUCUCUACCAGUCGUGAGGUCGUGUAGCAGUUACAAAUUGUACAGAUUUCUAUACAAUUUUGUAACAGGUAGAAACCUCUGUUAGAGAGUCAGUAGUCACUCAGUCAGAGACCUCCAACAAGGCUGUCCUUGGAAAUAACCUUGAAUAAUAAUGCGAUUACAUGUGAUAAGUUUUCAACACGGGGUAGCAGGCACCAAUCUGAUAGCACACUGUGCAAAUAAAGCCCACUGUCUACUCCAGAGCAAUCGAGCAAAGGAAAAUAACCGGUAAUACAUAAAUGGAUGAAAUUGUAAGUCACUAGAUCAAAAGCAAAUCCAAAACGACCAAAUCAAACGGAAAGAAUGUUUAUUUUCUGUAAGCAAUGUUUCUGAAUUUGUUAAGGGGCAUAAGACUGUAUUUAUAUUUUUAAUUUAAGAAUUUGAAUAAACGUUUAAAGCUGA